AACAACAACCAGGAAGUGAUUUGCGGUGUGACAGAUCCAUAACACACAGUGUCAUAAACUCUCGUACACAAACAGUAAUACAGUAUAUUCAUCAUCAUUAGUGUGCUGCAGAUAUGUAGUUUAAUAGACCCAGCAGUGACAGGCAGCGCAUAUACAUACAGGUAUAUUGCUAGAACACACAUCUCCACACAGCCGGGGGUUAAGUACUGUGAUACACACACACACUGUAUCAACAGCUGAGGGUAACAGUACAGUGAUACACACACUGCUGGUGGAUGGCAGGGGCAGAAUGGCGGCGGCAGGAUGGGCUCCACCUCGGUUGGAUGACUUUAUACUGACAGAUAAACUGGGCAGUGGGACCUAUGCUACAGUUUACAAGGCUUACAGAAAGAAGAAUACACGUGAAGUGGUCGCCAUAAAGUGUGUUAGCAAGAAAAGCCUGAAUAAAGUUUCAGUGGAAAAUCUUCUGACUGAAAUUGAGAUUCUGAAGACUAUUCAUCACCCUCAUAUUCUUGAGCUGAAGGAUUUCCAGUGGGACAAAGACAACAUAUUUCUGAUCACAGAGUUCUGUGCAGGUGGUGACCUUUCUCGUUUCAUCCGAGCACAUAGAAUAUUACCAGAGAAGAUAGCACAAAGCUUCUUGCAGCAGCUUGCUAGUGCUCUGAAGUUCUUAAAUGAGAAGAACAUUUCCCAUUUGGACCUUAAGCCUCAAAAUAUUCUUCUCAGCAGUCUGGACAGGCCGCACCUAAAACUGGCAGAUUUUGGUUUUGCUCAGCACAUGUCCCGCCAGGAUGAGGAACAGGACUUAAGAGGAUCACCUCUUUACAUGGCUCCUGAGAUGGUGUGCAGCAAGCACUAUGACGCACGGGUGGAUCUGUGGUCGGUAGGGGUUAUUUUGUAUGAGGCUUUGUUUGGGAAAGCUCCAUUUGCAUCCAGAACAUUUUCUGAAUUGGAAGAGAAAAUCCGUAGCGACAGAACAAUAGAGGUUCCUGUUAGACCACGUGUGUCCCCUGAAUGCAGAGAUCUACUGCAGAGACUUCUCAAGAGAGAUCCAGAUCAGAGAAUCUCAUUCCCAGAUUUUUUUGAUCACCCAUUUGUAGACCUGGAGCACAUGCCUAGUGAGGAGAGCGUGCAGAAAGCAGCGGCUUUAGUUACUGAGGCAGUAGAAAAUGAUACAGCUGGUGAGCACAGCACUGCACUCAAACUGUACUGUAAAGCCCUAGAAUAUUUCAUACCUGCGUUGCACUAUGAAAAUGAUGUCAGGAGGAAAGGAGUCCUGAGGGUAAAGAUCUCUCAGUACGUCUCUAGGGCGGAGGAACUGAAGGUUUUGGUGUCAUCUAGUAACAAGGCUCUUCUGAUGCAGGGCAGGUCAGCAAGGGAACUUUUAAUGGAAAUGGCUAAGGACAAACCAAGGUUGUUUGCUGCUCUAGAUGUGGCCUCAGCUGCAGUUGCCAAAGACGAAGAAGGCAGCGCUGUUGAUGCUUUGGAUCUGUACCAGCAGAGUUUGGGGGAGCUGUUGCUGAUGUUAUCUGCAGAGCCAGUGGGAAGGAGGCGAGAACUACUGCAUGCAGAGAUUAAAACUUUAAUGGGACGAGCAGAAUUUCUAAAGGAACAGAUCAAGUCAUAUCAAUGGAAAUCUGAAGCCCUGGGACAGGAGGAAUUAUCAGAUUCUAUGCGUAGCUCGUGUUCUCUACAAUGAUCCUGUCCCGUGUAUAUGGACCUGACUCUGUAUGCAAGUAUGCUCUUGUAAAUCUGUUUUAGUUAAAUGUGAAUACAAAUUAAAUUAUUUUCUAUUCUC